CUCCCGACUUUGAUACCAAACAAUGACAUCAAUCAGUCCAAUUGUGCAGUUAGGAUAUUUGUUGACUACUAUUAUUUCUACUGAUUUAUACCAUUCCUGAAGAGGAGAGACAUGCUACGCGCCUUACGCUAACUUCUCAAUAUGCAAGGACGCACGCUGGUGUCAGUCCUGUCGCGGGGCUCUGUGCUCUUGUCUCGUCGCGCAUUACGGACAGGCUUAAACUGCAGUGCUCAUCACCGAUCAUCGUUAACACCUAUCAAAUACCGGACACUCGCUACUUUGCCGAAUCUACCUAUCUUUCGAGCCCUAAAAGAUCACGAUCAGUCUAGUCUUGCCGUCGUUCAUAGCGCGUCGUCCCGUUCCUUUACUUACGGCAAUCUAGUCGCCGAUGUCAUUCGUGCAAAGGAAAGACUACAUGAAUUGGUGGGAGAUCAGCGGGAUGGACUUGCGGGGGAGAGAAUCGCUUUUCUCGCGGAGAAUAGCUACGAUUACGUAGUGACCCUUCUUUCGAUCCUUGCUAGCGAUGCAAUCGCCCUGCCCCUCUCUCCGGCAUUUCCCGUUGGCGAAUUGAAGUACAUUAUGGAUAACUCCCAGGCAAAAAUGCUCGUUGCGACCGAAAAGUAUGCGGCUAAGGCACAUGAUUUACUGAAGGCGGGUCUUGAAAGGGUACCCAUUCUAGAAGUCAGGGAGAAAAUUAAAACGGGGGCGAGUAUCUCGAAUCAGGUGGAAUUGCAGGAUAUUGAGCAGAAGUCUCGCGGCGGGAUGAUGUUGUACACCUCGGGCACUACCAAUAGACCGAAAGGCGUGUUAAUCCCGCAAUCGGCACUCAGUGCGCAAGCAGCAUCUUUGCUAGCGGCCUGGAAAUAUUCUCGGGAGGAUCGUUUACUCCAUCUUCUUCCGCUGCAUCAUAUCCAUGGGACGGUCAAUGCCAUCGUAACGCCUGUGCUGGCUGGCUCGUCCAUUGAGUUUAUGUUCCCUUUCAACACAGAUGCAGUGUGGAAAAGGCUUGCUGCUCCCUUUUUGCCCCAAUCCUCCGUCAGCAAGAUUACGUUCCUUACGGCAGUCCCGACCAUCUAUAAUAGACUAUUAUCCUCCUUCUCUGGCCUUUCCACGGAAAUCCAAGAAGCGGCUAGGAAGGGCAUCGCCCCUGAGAAUCUACGCUUGAAUAUCUCUGGUUCUGCAGCUUUGCCCACCCCUACUAAGCAGGCGUGGCAAGAUUUGAGCAAUGGAAACGUCCUACUUGAGCGCUUUGGAAUGACAGAAGUCGGAAUGGCGAUCAGUUGCGGCCUCGACUUCGCUGAUCGGAUAGAUGGCAGCGUCGGGUGGCCACUACCGUCAGUGGAAGCAAGAAUAGUCGACACGGAGACAAACGAGGUUAUCCAGCCUGGUGAGGAACUGGAUGCGAAUGAACGCGAGCGAGAGGGCGAGAUUCAGCUCCGCGGCCCUACGAUCUUCUCCGAAUACUGGGCCAACGAAAAAGCGACGCAGGAGGCCUUUGUCGAUAGUGGCGAUGGCAAGGGAAAGUGGUUCAAGACUGGAGAUGUUGCUACGCGUCGAGUAGUCGACCAUGCCGGUAAAGGAGCCAGUGGUGACUGGGCGGAGGGGCCCAUGUAUUUCAUUCAAGGUCGGCUGAGUGUCGAUAUUAUCAAGACCGGUGGAGAAAAGGUCAGUGCGUUGGAGGUUGAGAGGGAGUUGCUGUCUCUCCCUCAAGUUAGUGAGGCAGCUGUGGUCGGUCUUCCGUCUGAACAAUGGGGCCAGAAAGUCGCCGCCAUAGUCGUCCUCAAUGCGGACAAGGCCGCGAAUACUGGCCGCAAUGGCAAACCAUGGGGUGCUCUAGAUAUGCGACGUGCCCUUAAAGAUCGCCUUGCGAGCUAUAAAAUGCCCCAAGAAAUGAAGGUUCUCAACGGACCGAUUCCAAGAAAUGCAAUGGGCAAAGUGAAUAAAAAGACACUCGUUAAGGAGGUCUUCGGUAUCUAGUCGCAAUACAUUAACACCACUGUAAACUAUAUACUCGAUUGUAAUUAUAUGAUCAUCUUGAAUGAAUUUCACAGAUCACUUUCGAUUUAUCUUCACCACCUUGGAUACUAAAGGCUUGCUCUAAGCGCCGGGAUCCUUAUGAGAUGGCGAAAAAGAGGGCGUGCUCAUAUGUUGCAUAGGUCGCGGACGCUAGGGUCUCCUUCAGCUUGAUCCGAAAGUCGUGCUGCUUAGCGGAAACUCAUCUCGGGGCUUCCUAGUCCUUGAUCUG